GGUGCUAAAAAUGGCCACAGGGUUAGUAUUUAACAGUUACAGCUCUGCAUUGGCACUCUAGCUCUGUCUUCACAGAUGAUUAUCAAGUUUUUUGAGUCAGUAGAGCAUGGAGAAAUAGUACUUUUGAGGAAGUUCUGGAUAUUUAAAAUAGUUACAGGUCAUUUUUUUAGAAAGAGCAAAAAUGACAAUCUAUCACCUAACAAGUUUUCUGUAUGACUCAAAGAAGCGCAGUUUCAUGAUGUUCUGCCUGUUGCUCUUAGGUGUAAAAGCACCAUUACCAAAGUGCAAACUGUUUCAACUCAAGUCAAAACAGUACUAAUUAGCAAGUCUACAGUAGGUGGUUGUAAAGGUAGUUUGGCCUUAUUUGAAAUGUGGGCAGGAAAUCUGCCCUGGGAAGGCUUUUCAUCGGACUAAUUUUAAACGCACAAAUGACAGAGAUGGAUUUUGCUGAAAUAAACUUUGUGAAGUUGCUCAUGUGAGGCAUUCCUCAGGUGACAGUUGCUUUACCGCCUGCUUAGCACUGCUGAUUGGCCGGCGUAGUUGAAGAGUGCUGUUCUCUAAUUAAUGUUACAAUGUUUUGAGACUGAAGUGCAACUUGUUUUGGCCUGAGCUCUAUUGCUAAGUAGAUACUCAUUUUUAAAAAACAAAACAAAAACUGUUCCAGGAUGCGUGUGAAUACAGUGAGGAUGACGAGCAGGUGGACAUUGAGACCGUGGAGGAGCUUUCAGAGAAGAUUAACAUUGCCCGUCUGAAGGCCACAGCUGCUAAAAUCCGACCUUCCAAAGAGAAAUACCAUGCUCGUAAUUCUUCGGAUGAAAAAUUAACAGAAAGUCCUACGAAGAAUCCUCCAAUCUGGAGCAGAAGGCAGAAGUCCGAGGAAGAAGCUUUUGCUCAUUACCGCCAGACACACACAGCAAAUGAGCGCCGGCGACGUAAUGAAAUGAGAGAUCUCUUUGAAAAACUGAAGAGAGCUCUGGGGUUGCACAGUCUUUCCAAGGUGUCCAAAUGCUACAUUCUCAAGCAAGCCUUUGAUGAAAUCCAGGGAUUGACUGAUCAGGCGGAUAAGCUUACUGGACAGAAGAACUUACUGGCGCGCAAACAGGAUACUUUGAUUCGAAAAGUUUCCAUACUUUCAGGGAAGACAGAAGAGGUUGUCCUAAAGAAGCUAGAAUAUAUGUAUGCCAAACAAAAAGCUGUAGAAGCACAAAAAAAGAAGAAAAAUGUUCAACCAGCAGAAUCUGUUGUAACCUCACCUGCUAGCACACAUCAAGAAGCAUCUUCUGCUCUACCCAGAGAUCUGAGCAAAGUGCCUAUGACAAAUAGAAGAGGCAAGCCAUUGAUACUUGCCAGAAAAGGAAGCCAUACCACAGAGAACACCUCGUCCUCUCUGACACUAACUGCUGCAAGCCUAGUGAUGACUCCCCAGGGGCAGGUGCUCACGCUGAAGAGCCCACUGGUACCUGGGCAGGUAGCAGCUGUGCCCUCCACGCUCUUGCAGGCUGAAUUAAAGCCUCGAGCUGUCGGCAAUACCAUGACAGCACAGCAAGAAAGUGAAGAUUCAUUCAUGAUGCCAAAGAUUGUUAAUGUAACAUCACUGGCUGCUGAAGAAGGCCUGAGCCUAAACCCGAACAGAAACAAAAAUUCUAACACGGCAGCUGCAAGUACUCAGGCUUCUGAGAAAUCUUUGGUGGCACCUCUUGAAAGUAGGAAAAGUGACAGCAUCCUUUUAGAAGAAAAAAACAAACUGUGUCCUGGAGACAGUGACGGAGAGGGAAGAAGUAGCACAGGUUCCGUGAAAGGUUUCUUUGAAAAUAAAGAUGGUUUUCCACAGCUCCAGAAUGUAUCGUGUGCAAAGGAACCUCCAGAGUCUUUUGGCAAAAAGCUCUGCAUUGGUGAGCUUGUAGGAAGCCAAGCCAGGAAGAAGGAUGGUGAUCACGGAGGGGAAAGAUUAAAAACGAAAGAACUGCCAUUUCGCAAGCUGCAGAUCAAAGAUUCGAGGAUAGAAAUGGAACUGAGGAAAGUAGCUUCUGCAAUGGAGGAAGCAGAACUGGAUGCAGGUGAGUUACUGAGCAGCAUUGAGGAGAGUGAUGACACUGAUGAGACCCUCACUUCACUGCUCAAUGAGAUUGCUUUUCUCAAUCAGCAACUGAAUGAUGACGCUUCAGGUAUGUCAGAGCUACCCAGCGCUCUAAGCUCAGAUUUCUCCCAUGGAGAUGCAGAGGGUCGCCGGGGAACAGCCAGUGAUCUCACCACUGCAGAUGGUUCUUCCUUCCAGUUCGGACAUCUGGGAGGCGCUUUUAAAGACCUUUCUGAGGUUCCAGAGGGCGGUGGCUCUUUAAGCCCUCUCUUGCUGCACCUGGAAGAUGAUGACCUUACUGAGGGGGACAAGAACUCUGGGGAGCCUUCAUCUGAAGCAGAUGUUCUAAAAAUAGUAAUCGGUGCUGAAAUGAAGGAUGCACUUCCCAACCUGUCCAUAACCAGUGGCGGGAAUGGCAAAACUGUAGCAAACUUGGCAGAGGCCACUGGUGUGACUCCACCGAUUUUGCAGAUGAAAACUAACCCAGAAGCUAGUAAUGCUGACACUUUGUGGAGGCCCAUGCCCAAGCUGGCACCGCUUGGCUUAAAAGUAGCAAGUCUGCCAGUGGACUCGGAAGGGCAGAGUGCUAAAGUGAUGCCCUUGCUGGCACCUGUAGUUGCAAAACUGGCGCCCACUGGGGUAAAAAGUUCAUCUGUAACCGCUCAAGAAGGACAGGAUAACAAAGCAAUGCCAGCAUUAGCUCCUGUGGGUACAAAAUUUAGUAAUUCUGGGACCCUACCUUCAAAUUCAGUUGGCAAAUAAGCGUGCGUAUAUUUUAUCAGAGAGUGGAAUGGAGAUCUGGAGCAGUGAACCAACAGCUGUGUCUGGCAACCUCCCUUGUCUGCAGCACUCUGUUUUCUGUGUGGCAUCAGCACUAUUCAUCUGAGGGCAGGCCCCAAACUGAGAAAUAAGUGCUCUGAAACUAAAGCAUGUUGAUGUGUUUUUACCUCACUAUUGUAUUUGGGGAGUUCUCAUUCCCCUUCACAAAAUAUGGAAGAUGAUCUGUAAACCAUUGCUGGGCAUGUGGUAUCCUUCCAAAAUAGGAUCUUCAAGGAAAUAGUUUAUAAAAGGACUGAGAAACUUAGGCUGUUGACAGAGAUUUUUUUUCCCAGUAGACAGGCAGCUGUUUGUUGUUGAGUUUAAAAUCAGGUGUAUUUGGUUUUGUACCAGGCAAGCUAUCUAUGCAGAAAUGAAAUUGUUCACAUUUAUUGUACCCAGUGUUUUGCAGAAUACAAUGCAUGUGCAGAAAUGAGAUUGCAAUUACUCUCAGAUUUGUUACCUAGAACAGCAGAAGGGAAACUGCAGAUUGUGUGGAGGGCUGAAGUGAAGCAUUUCUGUUCCUUGGUGCUAGUGCUCCGGCAGACUCCUUUUAGUAGCUUAUGCACAGAACUCUUAGUACGUGGGAAGGAUAUUUCCCACUGUAAUUAGAACUAGAACAGUAUGUAAACUCUUAAAAAAAAACAAAAACAAAAAACAAAACAAAAAAAAAAAACAAAAAAUUGAAAACCCACCACUUUCACCUCAUGCCCCUAUCCAGAUAACUCUCUCUUUGAUGGUUCGGGCAUUUGUAAGGGAAGAGUUCAGAGAGUAGAGAAGAAUUUGGGUACCUCUUUGCUCCAUCUCUAAAUACAAUGCUGAAGUAGCUGGAGCAUUUUCCUAGUUCUCUUCUUCAUUCCUCCUGCCGUUCUUCAAGAUGCAUUUGGUUGCUAGAUGUGUUAAUGGGAAGUGUUUCUUCGUGAAAUGCAGAACUGUAUCUGGAACAGAACUGGUACAGAACUGUCAGGGCUGUUGGAGCCUAAAAUAAAUGAGUGAGGUGUAUAUUUGAAUGUAUAUAUGAAAAUAUGUGUGUAUAGCUUUUCAAACCUUACAUUUCUUCAUGAAUUCAGGAAAGGUACUCAGAGGUUUCUCACUGCGUUUGCACAAGAUGUGUAUAGGAAAAAAAAAAA